AUGGAGUGCAGCCUCGCCUGGACCAUGCCGUGGGCGAUGUCCGACAUGCGGCCGCGCGUCGUGUCCGGCGCGUCCAGGGACGAGCAGGACGCCGAGGAGGACACGCUGAGCCGCGACGCGCCGCAGCACAGCGCGCGGCACCUGCCGUCCUUGUGCUUCGCCUUGGGCGCCGCGCUGGCAUCGGCCUGGUUCUUGCCGCCGCCAUUCUUCUGCCGCAGCUUGCUCCGGCCCGAGAAGAAUAACGUGCUGUUACCAAGUAGCGGGGGAACACGUCCAAUCUCGGUGCGCGCGGGCUACACCAUGCAGCUCGCCGGCUCCUUCCACCUCCUCGCCUGCUUCGUCCUGCCAUGCUUCCUCGCCGACGCCGCCUACAAGGUGUUCUGGUACUGCGCGCACCGGCCCUUCCCGGCGUGGUGGUCCGCCGCGGCGUGCGCGAUGGAGAUGGCGUCGUGGAUGUACCGCACGGCCAUGUUCUUCAUGGCGUGCGUGCUGUUCCGGAUCAUAUGCUACCUGCAGAUCCUGCGCAUGACGGGCUUCGCGCGGGACUUCGGCCAGUGCGCCGACGUGGUCGCCGUGCUGGGGCAGCACCGCCGCAUCCGUGACCAGCUCCGGCGGAUCAGCCACCGGUACCGCAAGUUCAUAAUGUACUGCCUCCUGCUCGUGACGGCCAGCCAGUUCACCGCGCUCCUCGGCGCCACGAGGCCCCACGCGCAGGUCAACAUCGCCACAGCCGGCGAGCUCGCGCUCUGCUCCCUGAGCCUCGUGGCCGGCCUGCUCAUCUGCCUGCACAGCGCCGCAAAGAUCACGCACAAGACGCAGGCCAUCACCAGCAUCGCCGCGGCGUGGCACGCAGACGCCACCAUCAACACCGUGGAGCGUGACCAGGAGAACCCCAGGACGCCGAGCAGGUCGUGCCUACAGCUGCAGCAGGUGCCCCCAUCCCCGGAGUCGGACCAGUCGGACGACGACGAGAUGUCCCCGAGCGAGGACAGCCUCGACACCUCCUCCAAGUUCACGUCCUUCCACGCCACUCACAUCUCAUACCAGAAGAGGCAGGCGCUAGUGACCUACCUGGAGAACAACCGCGCGGGCAUCACGGUGUUCGGCUUCGUCGUGGACCGGACGUGGCUCCACGCGCUCUUCAUGCUCGAGUUCUCGCUAGUCAUGUGGCUGCUGGGGAAGACCAUUGGUAUAUCUUAG